CCAGUCAGAACAAACACGACAUGUCUCCAUGUACGUCGGGAAAAAUAUACAGCAGUUGACCGCCUGUCUGGAGAUAUUUACUGUAAAUGCACCUCAGAAACAACGUGCAACAAUUAAGAUUUGCAUGACCAAAAUUAGCAUGGAUGUGCAAAAACACAUUUACGUAUUUGAGUAACUAUAGUUUUGGAGUUUGGUUGUAUCGUUUUUUAGUUUCUAAAAGGGCAUCACCACGCUUAAGAGAUCAGAAGUUUCGGCUGGUUUGUUUUUCUAUGCGGGACUGGUCUUUCUGCAGGAAUGUCGCAGAUGGAAAGACCCACUUUUUAUCGACAGGAGCUCAACAAAACUAUAUGGGAGGUCCCGGAGCGGUACCAGAACCUGUCUCCGGUUGGUUCCGGUGCUUACGGAUCUGUAUGCUCGUCGUACGACACCAAGACUGGUCUCAAGAUCGCCGUGAAGAAGCUGUCCCGGCCGUUCCAGUCCAUCAUCCACGCCAAGAGGACCUACCGAGAGCUGAGGCUGCUGAAACACAUGAAGCACGAGAAUGUGAUUGGUCUACUGGAUGUCUUCACCCCUGCCACCUGUCUAGAGGAGUUUAAUGACGUGUACCUGGUGACCCACCUGAUGGGGGCGGACCUCAACAACAUCGUUAAGUGUCAGAAGCUGACUGACGACCAUGUCCAGUUCCUCAUCUACCAGAUUCUGCGGGGGUUAAAGUACAUUCACUCGGCAGAUAUCAUACACAGGGACCUCAAGCCCAGUAACCUGGCUGUGAACGAGGACUGCGAACUCAAGAUCCUGGACUUUGGUUUGGCGCGACACACAGAUGACGAGAUGACGGGUUAUGUAGCAACACGGUGGUACCGCGCCCCGGAGAUCAUGCUCAACUGGAUGCACUACAACAUGACAGUGGAUAUCUGGUCAGUGGGCUGCAUCAUGCCAGAGCUGCUUACAGGACGGACUCUCUUCCCCGGCACCGACCAUAUAAACCAGCUGCAGCAGAUCAUGCGUUUGACCGGCACGCCUCCGGCCUCCCUCAUCAGCAGGAUGCCCAGCCACGAGGCCAGAAACUACAUUAACUCCCUUCCACAAAUGCCCAAGAGAAACUUCGCUGAUGUGUUCAUUGGUGCCAACCCGCUAGCGGUGGACCUGCUGGAGAAGAUGUUGGUUCUGGACACUGACAAGCGGAUCACAGCGGCCGAAGCUCUGGCCCACCCCUACUUCUCCCAGUACCACGACCCGGAUGACGAGCCCGAAGCCGAGCCCUACGACCAGAGCUUUGAGAGCCGCGAGCUGGAGAUAGAGGAGUGGAAAAGGUUGACCUACGAGGAAGUGAUCAGCUUCGAGCCGCAGGUGUAUGACACGGACGAGAUGGAGUCUUGAGUGGGAGAGGCCACCUCUAGACACGCCCCUCCUGCUUAAAGCUGCGCGAGGCGAUCAAUCAACUCACUGGACUUCUCCACAAACAAGACAAACCAAACCAGAGAAACCAUGACAUUCAAGUGCCUGUUGGUGUUCGUGUCAGGGUGGAAGCGACCACGCCCUCUUAGGGUGGAAGCCAAGCCCUCUUAGGGUGGAAGCCACGCCCUCUUAGGGUGGAAGCCACGCCCUCUCAGGGUGGAAGCCACGCCCUCUCAGGGUGGAAGCCACGCCCUCUCAGGGUGGAAGCCACGCCCUCUCAGGGUGGAAGCCACGCCCUCUUAGGGUGGAAGCCACGCCCUCUCAGGGUGGAAGCAACGCCCUCUUUCUGCUCUGUUGGGAGCCUGGACAUUCGUUUGAUCUACUUUGUCUUCUGAUGUGUUUUUCACUUUCUAAGAUAGCACAACGUUCUACACAAAGUACCUUAGUAAAUAACGGUACUCCAAUCUUGUUUUAUUAAACCCUCAGAAGAUCUAAAAUAUCCAUGCUCCCUGCUUGGAACAGUUAUUUAUGAUUUAUUUUCUAGUUUGGAUCUUUCUUGCGAGUUGACCUCCUUUUGAAAGAACAUUUGUUGAAAUACCCUCCACUCUUUUCUUACCUAACCUAGGCUUGCUCAGUAGAACCGAGCAGUGUUUUCUUUAUUGCCAUUGUCUAGAAUAUUUAAAUAUACAGUAUAUAAUAUAUAUACGGCUGUGUUGAUCAUGGAAUUGAUCAUGUGCACCAAUUAUAAUGGCCAUUUCUAAACAGAAUAAUAUACUUUAUAUACCCUCCCCCAGCACACAGUUUUGAAUGUCACCCCUUAGUGACACAAAGACUUGCAGGAUGGUUCCAGAAUCCAACUAAUCCAAAUCAGUGAAUAAGUGUAUAAGUCUGACUAGUCUAAGAGGAUCAAUAAGUCCUAAGAUGGAGAAUGUACAUUUUGCCAGGUUGUGUAUUCACUUAUUUGACCCAUUCCUUAAAUCCAUGCUUUCACUCCCUUGUAAGACUUUACGAUGUGUUAGCAUAGACAUGAGGGUCAUGUGAAAUGGUUUCUGCAACAAUCUCAAACAGUUUAAAAAACAUGCAAUCAGUGUGGGUUUUCUUUCAAGUGCAAAAUUAUGUCCAGUUUUGCUAAGAACGUAAGAUGAUGUUUACGUGACACCAUCACCUGAAAUAGAGGGAACACUGGAGUGCAGUCAUAUCUUAUAAUGUAAUUUCAAUCUUAUUUCAGAGUAUUUUCAUUUUUGUUGCAUUUUUUUUUAUAGAUGUCUAAUAUUAAAUAUUUGUAUUUAAGAGGGGGGUUGUCUUCUCCUGUUAGGAUUGAAGACGAAGGCGUUCCCUUAGCUGUCAGAAGGCUGCAUUACCCUAGCUUCAGUUUGUUUAAAUGCUCUUCUAUUAUUUAUGCUGUGUUCGAACACAUCUAUAUCCAGAAUCCAUUUCUGUUAUGUACAUUAAACAAGGUUCUUUAUUAUAUCAUUUUUUGCUUUUUAUAAUAUAAUUGUAGGACUUUUGUAUAUUGAAUAGAAUACAGGUUUUGUGAACCAAAAUGUAUUCAGGGCGGCCAUGUCUUUGUGUUGAAUAGAGAGUCUGUGAGAAGGUGUCGCUUGGUUGACUGUGUAAACACGUUUACAGGAUACUGAAGGGGAAUGCUGACGCCUCAUGUUUUAUAAUACUACAAUGGAUUAAGGUAGCUAGUUUACAGAAUUAUAUUUAUAAUCCUGUCCAUCAGACAGGUCUCAUCCCAUUUGACCUUUUGUUGUUUUUCUUUGGUUGUUGUUGCUUGGUUGAGAUGCUUUUAUCACUUACACGAUCAGACAUUUAUUUACUAUGUGUACUUAAAUGAUUCACCACAUUCUGAACCAAGAGGGCAGGUAAAGUUGCCUGUAAAACCACUGGUAGAAAAUAAAGGCAGUUAUUUUCCAAAAACUG